UGAAGAAUUCAUCUGACUUGACUGACCGCAACAUGAUGUCACUGAAGAAUGAAUCAGAGCGUUUGGGUGAGCACAGUCGAAGUGCAUGGAAGUGCUGGCUCUGGAUCAUGCUGGCUGUAGUUAUGGUUAUAUUUAUAAAUAUGGUGCUAUUUAUGAAAGUUAUGAAGAAAAGAAAAUAUGAUGCUAAUUAAGGUAGUUACAAAUGACGUAAGAUGGCAGAAAAACUGAAGAAAAAACCAUCAUUCUUUAAUUUAAAACUUUGGACCAGUCAAAAAUCUGUGGAUGAGAGUGCAACCAGGACUCCAUCAAUACAAAUAGAUACCCCACAACUCAGAUCAUCUGUGGCGAUGCGAAGAGCGUCAAAAUCCUUAGACUCCAAGUCAACCAGGCCUAUCUCAUAUGGCGGCAUUAAAGACUUGAUACAAUGCCCUCUAUGUUUGGAGACGCUCAACAAUGCCAAGAUGCUGCCUUGCCAACAUACAUUAUGUAUGGCCUGUCUCGAUGUUUACAUUUCUGAUGCCACGACGAUCGAAUGUCCAGUAUGCAGGACCAAGAUUAAUAUAACCGGCCCCAAUUUUAUCCAGGAACUGCCAUCCAAUCUGUACAUUGAUUCUUUGCUUCAAUUGAUUGGUAUUAAAACAAAAACUCCGCAAAAACCUGAAACACCACCACACUCUCCGGCAUAUGGCAGUGCUACAUAUCAAAGUGUGGAUUUAUUUGCGGGUGGUGUUAGAUGCUUCCACUGUCAGACAAUGUGCGAUAAUGCUGAUACAAUUAAUUGUCAACAUUGUAAAAUGAACUUUUGCCACGUGUGCUGGUCAAAUCACUUAGACGAUAUGCAGACACAAGUAGGAUCCAUUCUAAAACAACUAGAGACAGCAUCAAAUCGCCUGAAGCACAAAAUUGAACACUUCAAGGAUCGUUGUGAACAUAUAACAACACAGAUCGAAACAACAGCUGACGAGAAAAUAAAUGCCAUAAUAGAAUCUAAAGGAAAACUAGUUAAAGAACUUACAGAGCUACAGAAAUCAGGUGAUCUCUCUGCAUUAGCUCUAAAUACCUCAUUGGACGAAGCUAAAACUGUAGCGACGCAAGUUAUAGCAUCUAAAGAAACUGGGAACGAUAUUAACAAGGUAACAACAUUUAUGAAUUUACAUCAAAAUGCAUUACAAAUCCUCGUGGAUGUAUCAAAAUGGGAUACGGAGUACUUCGUAUUUGAUAAAGAAAAUUUUAGGAUAGAAAAAGAUAAUGAGUCGCCGUUGGACGCCGAAUCUGAUGACCCUGUUCAAACUUGUUUCAAACAGAACGACCCUCUCGAAAGUGAAAAUAGUUUAACGACGCAUUAUAGAUGCCGUAACUCUGUGCCUCAUUACGUAUGGCGCAAAACAACUCGUCCAUGUGGCGUCGGUAUAGGACCAUGGAACGGUCAUCUAUACGUCUGUGAUGUGGACACCCAUAGCGUCCUAGUCGUGGAACGAUCACAAGCCAAGGUCGUCAUGAGACUAGUAUACAGCGAGAUGCUCUGUCCUGUGCAAAUCGCAUUCUUGAAAAGUUUAGGAGAAAUAUAUAUUACAGAUAAAUGGAAGCACUGCGUGCACGUAUUCUCCAAGGACGGCGAAUACUUGAGGUCUCUCGGGCAGAAAGGCAGCCGUGAUGGACUGUUCAGGUCUCCAGAGGGAAUUGCCACAGACAACGUUAACCUACAUAUUUAUGUAGUCGAUACUGGCAACGACAGAGUGCAGAUUAUACAACCUGAUGGAAAAUUUGUGGAUCAAAUCGGCGUAUCCACAAAGCAACAGGUCAGCGCCAUUGCAGCCUGGGAGGUCAUCACGGUGAUGUCUACGGAGUUCAAUGCUCCCACAAGUAUAGCAGUCACAAAUGACCGAAUCAUCAUUCUUGACAGCGGUAACCGCCGUGUUAAGAUUUACAACAAACAGGAUAAAAGCAAAAUACACGAGUUCGGCUCUAUUGGACAGAGAAAAGGCCAGUUUAGGCAAGCAGAAGUACUAGCUGUUGAUCCUAUGGGUUUCAUCCUCGUUGGAGACUCUGGAAAUUGUAGAGUCCAAGUUUUCAAACCUAAUGGAACGGUGGUCAGAGUUUUCGGAGGGUACGGAACUGAGCUUGGAAAGUUUGGCUGGAUUUCUGGCAUUCAUGUCACUAAACAAUUAGAUGUUAUAGUUAGUGACUCUAAAAACCGUAACGUGAACUUUUUCUAAAUAAAACGUAAAA